CGUCCACUUCUCACAGCAAGGAAAAGGUCACAUCUUCACGCACAUAUGGUUUCAUGAACAGAAAAGAAAGGGCAAGCUCAAGUGAAUCAGAUGUCAGUGAGUCAGAGAGCUUAGAUGACACUGAUAACGACCCAGACUUCAGUUUAGAAUCCAAUUAUGUGUCCGACUCCUCAUCCGAUACAUCUGAAGUCAUUCCACAGACAGUUUUUCCAUCGCUCACUAUGAAAAACAAAUCAAGUACAAUUGUAAAACUACCAUCUAAUAAACAAAAAACUGUGUAUUGGUCAAAUAAUGAGGUUUCUUCAACCACGGAUGGUGCUUCAAACAGAAAUGCAAAAAUUACAGUCCAGACAAGUAAUAAUGAAAAUGGAAGAAAGUGGGAUAAAAAACAAUACUGUCUUUUCUGCGAGAAAGGUUACACAAACAUAAGAAAGCAUUACUUAAAAUCACACAAAACUGAAACAGAAGUUCAGAAAAUAUUACGUAUGCCCAUGAAAUCCAAGGAACGCACAGCAGAACUGACCCACUUAAGGAAUGCUGGAAACUACAAACAUAAUGUGAGUGUUUUGAAAGAGGAAAGCGGUGAAUUUUUCAUUGUUGCAAGAAAAACACAUGACAAAAAACCCGAGGAUUAUCUCCCAUGUGAUGACUGCUUGGGUUUUUUCCUAAGAGAAGGUCUUUGGAGGCACAAACAGGUUUGCCCACUUCGCAAUCCUUCUUUAGCCUUGAAGAUAGGGCACCUGCUCAAAAAAUGUGCGAAAGUGGCAAAAUCUGAAGCCCUGAUUAUAGGUGAUUUAGAUCAAGGAACCAGAGCAAACAAUUUCUUAACACUCUGUAAUGACGAAUGGGCAGAUGAAAUUUCAAGCUGUGCUUUACAAACUCUUACAAAAAAACAAGAUGAAUAAAGGCUCAUUAUUGCCAUUAUCAGAAGACAUCAUGCGCCUCAAAAAUUUCAUGGACAAAAAAACAGAGUCUUUAUUGGAAACUCUUUUCAACAAAGCUGAUUGGGACUUGCUGAAUCAAAUGACCCUGGCACAGAUUGUUAUGUUCAUUCGUAGGCGUGGGGGCGAAAUGCAAAGAAUGCAAGUGGAUUCUUAUACUUCGCGAAUGGUAAAUAAAG